GACUCUUUUGAAUCAUCUGAACUUUGUGAAACUCGUCCCACUACUUCUUGGCUACCACGCUCCUCUUCUCGUCAGGCACGGAGCGUGCAGUACACACUGUCAUCACCUCGGAACAGACUUUCGGACCAAAAAUGUCAGCUCAAAUUAUUAGCGGGAAAGAGGUUUCAGCGCAGGUGAGGGAACGUCUAAAGAAGGAUGUGGAGCAGAUGAAACUCAAGGAUCCCAGCUUCAGACCUGGUCUGGUGGUUUUACAGGUUGGAGACCGUGACGAUUCAAAUCUGUACAUUAGCAUGAAAUUGAAAGCAGCAGCAGAGAUUGGAAUAAAUGCAACACAUGUGAGACUUCCCAAGACUGCAACCGAAGAGGAGGUUCUUCACAGUAUCAGAGAAGUGAACGAGAACUCUGCUGUCCAUGGGCUCAUCGUGCAGCUGCCCUUGGACUCAAUCCAUAAGAUCGACACAGAGAAGGUGACAAAUGCUGUGGCUCCAGAGAAAGAUGUAGAUGGACUGACCAGCAUCAAUGCAGGGAAGCUGUCUCGUGGGGAUCUGGCCGACUGCUUCAUCCCCUGCACUCCAAACGGGUGCAUGGAGCUGAUCAGACAGACAGGUGUGUCUGUGGCGGGGAAGAGAGCAGUAGUGAUUGGUCGCAGUAAGAUUGUCGGUGCACCGAUGCAUGAUCUGCUGCUAUGGAGCCAUGCCACCGUCACCACCUGCCAUUCUAAAACUGCAGAUCUUGCUGGAGAGGUGGGCAAAGCUGACAUCUUGGUUGUUGGUAUCGGAAAAGCAGAGAUGGUGAAAGGAGAGUGGAUCAAGAAGGGAGCGGUGGUCAUUGACUGUGGUAUCAAUCACAUUCCAGAUGAGACGAAAGCCAGCGGAAAGCGCGUUGUGGGUGAUGUCCAGUUCAACUCAGCCAAGGAGCAAGCUGGUUUCAUCACACCUGUGCCUGGUGGAGUGGGACCUAUGACUGUUGCAAUGCUGAUGGCGAACACAGUGCUGGGUGCCAAGCGUUUUCUGGAAAGCCACCAGCCUGGAAAGUGGAACAUUUCUUACACCAAACUCAAUCUCCAGAAGCCAGUCCCAAGUGACAUAGUGAUUUCUCGCUCCUGCGUGCCCAAGCCUAUUGACCGCUUAGCCAGGGAGGUGGGUGUGCUGUCUGAUGAGGUGGAGCUCUAUGGGAAAACAAAAGCCAAGGUCCAGCUGAACAUCAUCAAACGACUGCAGUCCCAGCCAGACGGCAAAUACGUGGUGGUCACAGGCAUUACACCCACCCCUCUUGGUGAGGGUAAGAGUACCACCACUAUUGGCCUGGUUCAAGCCCUGGGAGCCCAAAUGAAGCUCAAUGUGUUUGCUUGCGUCCGUCAACCUUCUCAGGGACCCACAUUUGGCAUUAAAGGUGGUGCUGCAGGAGGUGGAUAUUCUCAAGUCAUCCCAAUGGAAGAGUUUAACCUUCAUCUCACGGGAGACAUUCAUGCCAUCACGGCAGCCAACAACUUGGUGGCUGCUGCCAUUGAUGCCCGUAUCUUCCACGAGGCCACGCAGUCCGACAAGGCUUUGUUUAAUCGCUUGGUCCCACUUAGUGGAGGGCACAGGACGUUCUCCCCAAUCCAGAUCAACAGACUGAAAAAACUGGGCAUAGAAAAGACUGACCCUUCUACUUUCACUGAUGAGGAGAUCACCCGCUUUGCCCGCUUGGACAUUGAACCAAGCUCUGUUACCUGGCAAAGAGUGUUGGACACAAAUGAUCGGUUCCUAAGGAAGGUCACAAUUGGCCAGUCACCAACUGAAAAAGGAUACACAAGAGAGGCCCAGUUUGACAUCACUGUGGCCAGUGAGAUCAUGGCGGUACUCGCCCUCACCAGCAGCCUGGAGGACAUGCGACUGCGCCUGGCCAGGAUGGUUGUAGCCACCAGCCGCAGCGGACAGCCCAUCACCACCGAAGACCUGGGUGUGAGUGGAGCUCUAGCUGUGCUGAUGAAAGACGCCAUCAAGCCAAACCUGAUGCAGACUUUGGAGGGAACGCCUGUGUUUGUCCAUGCUGGCCCGUUUGCAAACAUCGCCCAUGGAAACUCAUCCAUCCUGGCUGAUAAAAUUGCUCUGAAGCUGGUAGGACCUGAGGGCUUUGUCGUGACGGAAGCUGGUUUUGGUGCUGACAUUGGUAUGGAGAAGUUCUUCAAUAUCAAGUGCCGCUACUCAGGAUUAAGGCCACAUGUGGUGGUGCUGGUGGCCACAGUCCGAGCCCUGAAGAUGCACGGAGGAGGACCAACAGUCACUGCUGGAAUGCCACUGCCUAAGGAAUACAUAGAAGAGAACCUUGAGCUGCUGAAAAAUGGCUGCACCAACAUGAGGAAACAGAUAGAGAAUGCAAAGCACUUCGGCGUUCCAGUGGUGGUCGCUGUCAAUGGUUUCAAGACAGACACUGAGGCUGAGCUGGACUUGGUCUGCAGCAUGGCCAAAGAGGCCGGAGCCUUCGACGCAGUACGAUGCUCCCAUUGGGCUGAGGGAGGAGCCGGCGCUGUGGCCCUGGGUCAGGCUGUACAGAGGGCCAGCGAAGCCCCCAGCAACUUUAAGUUCCUCUAUGAUUUGGAGCUCCCAAUUACUGACAAGAUCCGAAUAAUCGCUCAGAAGAUCUACGGAGCUGAUGAUAUUGAGCUUCUCCCUGAGGCCCAACACAAGGUGGAGCUCUACACCAAACAGGGUUUUGGCAAUCUUCCAAUCUGCAUGGCGAAGACACACUUGUCUCUUUCUCAUGAGGCUGACAAGAAGGGCGUGCCCACUGGUUUCAUCCUGCCAAUCAGAGACAUUCGAGCAAGUGCGGGCGCCGGCUUUUUGUACCCGUUAGUUGGCACGAUGCCAACGAUCCCCGGCCUUCCCACCCGACCUUGUUUCUAUGAUAUUGACCUGGACCCUGAGACUGAACAGGUCAACGGGCUCUUCUAACCAAAAAAAACCCCUCCGCGAAGACAUACAGCCCAUGCUUCCACCUCAUACAGGAAUCUGUAACAGAUCAUGGUUUCAAAUAUUCCCUCUCUGUUUUCUUUUUUUACCCAGAGUUUAAAUAUUCCUGAAACCUCAAAGAACAUUAUUGAACUUGGUGAGGGUUAUAACUGGAAGUUCUUUAAGCUUCUAUAGUUGGCUUUCCUCACAGACGUGUCGACAAGUUAUAAAACACUAAUCGUAAAAACAAAUCAAAGAACAUAAAACGUUUUGUCAGCCUGAAAGACUUCAUGACAAAUCCCUGUAACAGUUCUGACCGAUCAAACACGUUUCCCAUCUAAGAACCCCCCACUCACAAACACAAAUCCUGGACUCUUUAAUUAACUACUUGUGUAUAUUUUGUGAACUUUGACGUGUGAGUUUAAAAUGAUAAACAACCUUUUUGGUUAAAUUAACAACAAAAUAAGACAUUUUAACAUAAAGCUGCCUUACAAACUGUUUUCUCAUUUGAGAAAUAUAUUUUUUAAUUGAUCUAAUUUAAUUGUUUUUCUAAUCUCUUGUAUUCCCUGCCCUGUGGUCCAAUUGUACCUAACAUUGUUUUACAUUAAUGAUAAAAUGAACAUUACUAUGAAGUCAAACUUCCAUCAGGUUUUAAAUAAGUUGUCUGCCAGAAAUAAAGUUUUUUCAACA